CUUGGAGAGCAAAGAAUGGGGACCACUGAUCGCCAGUCCCCCCAACCCGCUUCGCCUCACGCGUUCUCUAGCCGUGGCCGCUCCCCCGCCGCGGUUCCCCCGGCCCCUCUCAAGGUCCCGCGCGAUUGGAUCUAGGCGCUAAGCGAGGCUCUGUCAGAGCGGCCGUGCAGCGGUGACUGAAGCUCGGCUGAGACGCACGGGCCCUCGCCCUCUCACCUCCUGCCCGCUAGUCACCUCGCCUCAGCCUGAGGCUGCUUCGCCGCGGCCACAGCUUGCGCACCGCUCACACUCGCUUUCCUUCAGCACCCCUACCCCGGCGCUGCCUGGAGGCGGCUGCACUCGGGGAGCAUGGCCCAAGUAGCAAUGUCUGGCCUGCCAGUUGAGGAUGAGGAGUCUUCAGAGAGCAGGAUGGUGGUGACAUUUCUCAUGUCAGCUCUUGAGUCCAUGUGUAAAGAACUGGCCAAGUCCAAGGCAGAAGUGGCCUGCAUCGCAGUGUAUGAAACAGACGUGUUUGUCGUUGGAACUGAGAGAGGACGUGCUUUUGUCAACACCAGAAAGGAUUUUCAGAAAGAUUUUGUGAAAUACUGUGUUGAAGAAGAGGAAAAGGCAGAGAUGCAUAAAGUGAAAUCUACAACCCAGGCAAAUCGGAUGAGUGUAGAUGCUGUAGAGAUUGAAGCACUCAGAAAAACCGUUGAGGACUAUUUCUGCUUUUGCUAUGGGAAAGCGUUAGGAAAAUCAACAGUGGUGCCUGUUCCCUAUGAGAAGAUGCUGCGAGACCAGUCGGCGGUGGUGGUGCAGGGGCUUCCGGAGGGCGUUGCCUUUAAACACCCUGAGAACUAUGAUCUUGCAACUCUGAAAUGGAUUUUGGAGAACAAAGCGGGGAUUUCAUUUAUCAUUAAGAGACCUUUCCUGGAGCCAAAGAAGCACUUAAGUGGUCGUGUGAUGGUAACAGAUGCUGAAAGGUCAAUGUUGUCUGCAAGUGGAAGCUGUGGCUCCAUCAAAGUGAAAACUGAACCCACAGAAGAUUCUGGUAUUUCCUUGGAAAUGGCAGCUGUGACAGUGAAGGAAGAAUCAGAAGAUCCUGAUUACUAUCAAUACAACAUUCAAGCAGGCCCUUCUGAAACUGAUGAUGUUGAUGACAAACUCCCCCUUUCGAAGUCUUUGCAAGAUUCUACUCAACAUGUCCCUUCAGAAGUACGUGAAGACCCUGAAGUUGAGGUGACAAUUGAAGAUGAUGAUUAUUCUCCACCUACCAAGAGACCAAAGAGCAACGAGCCACCCCAGCCGCCAGUCACAGAACCUGCCAAUGCUGGAAAACGGAAAGUGAGGGAGUUCAACUUCGGUAAGUUCUUGAUUAAGUACACACCCUUUUUCUUUGAUUGUGAACUUUGUGUGUUACUGAUAAAAGUUUUGACAUUCUUUAGGGGUGUGUUUCCAAUGUAUUACUAUUUGAUCAUCUACUCUGAGGAAAACCAUGGACAGUUUGAAGUAACUUGA